AUGUCAGAGUCAACCGCCAACAACAAGCGUCGCGUUCGGCAAAGCGAGUCUGAACAUGCAGGUGGCCCAGAAGGAAGCGCUGCCGAAGCCAGGAAGAGGAGGGCUUUCCUUCAGACUAUGGGCCAGCAGCUCCGUGAAUUUGGCGCAUCGGGCACGAGUCCCCAAGACCACGCCAGAUUUGCCUUUGGUACAAGUCCCUCGGAUCGACCGAUGACGCGCGGGGCCCCUUCUACUACAGCACCCGUGCAGCAUAUCGAUACACCCGCCGAAAUUGAUGCCGCUCCAGGUGAAGAUGACCAAUUACCAGCAGGGGCUGCAAAGAGCGCAGCCAAAUGGCUUUGGGAUGAAAAUGAAGUGCAUCCCACAAACAGCGGUAGGGCCGAACCGUCCUUCACAUUCGAUGAUCUUUUAGAUUGGAGCCAAAGCUACUUUGAUCAUUGGCAUCCAGCAUUUCCAUUUGUACAUGCGCCAUCGCUGCUCGAUCACUUCCGUCAGACAGUAUCCCGAGGCCCAGUUUUGUCUACGUUAUCGCCAUCGGAUGCAUUCCAGAAUGUUAUUCUGCGAUCAGUCAUGUCAAUAUCUAUUGCAGAUCGACGGCAAAUGAAAAUUCCUGCCAGGGUAUUGCCAUCGACGCUUGUUUUUCACACCUUCAACGAUGCUAUCAACAGCACCAUGGCGGUCCUGACCGAAGAGAGCUCUAUCCUUUCAUUGCAGGCUCUUGUUAGUGUCCAACUGUUUCUGCUCACCAUGCAUAGAUACAACGCUGCGUCUCGCUUGGAAGGCUUAGCAGUACGCAUAGCGUUCCAGCUCGAUCUGCAUAGAUGCCCAUUGCAUACUCAUCCCAAAGCCGACAAAGAGACCGAGCUUUGCAAACGGCUGUUCUGGUCUAUCUUCUGCAUUGACCGGUAUAUCUGCAUCCGCCUAGGCAAUCCAUUAGGGAUGCGUUCCGAUGAUGUCGAUGUUUGUUACCCGCAUACCGAACACCAUGGCGAUACCAGCACCAAUCGCGAGGAUGAAGAUACAGGUCGCGAUGACAGACUAGACCUUCUCGAAUUCCUUGCACAACAUGCCUCGAUCAGAGGCUCGAUAAUGGAGAACCGCAGCAAAUCUGCCAUCAAAGGCAACCGUGAUGACGUUGACAAUGCCAUGCAAACAGAAGCAGAGCACGCGAAAUGGUGGAACACAGUCGACGAAUAUCUCUCCAAUGACGAGCAAGCACAGACCAUCACCAAAAUUCACCAAGUAACGCUUAUAGUACUGCGCUUUGAAUCUAUCUUAGCACUUCACCGAUCGUUAUUGGCAGCCUCCCGUAAGGAUGCAGCGUACAAUUCAGCCCUACAGAGGUGUAUCACGGCGUCCAGAUCAAUCAUCAACACGUUACACAAGGCAUUGAAAGGUUUCGGCGCCUUCGACGGUUCACCUGGCGUGCAUGGAUACGAAAGCACGCCCCUCCUCUGGCCCUCUUUCACAUGGGCGGUGUGGAUGAGCACUUUCGUUAUCAUCUCCGCUGCAACAGAAGAACAAGUUCCUCGCGGUGUGGCUGUGAGACUCGCUGAGAAAAGUAUAGAGGUGCUUCGACACCUUGCGCUGCGAGGGACGAGUUGGCCAGAAGCCUGCAUCGUCGCUAUCGAAAAUCUCUCUGCGCGCUUAAACGGUGUCUCCACACGAAGCUCGAGUAUUGGGCCUCGAAACUCAUCCAAUGGAACUUUGCCCAAUGCUGGCCCACAACGUGCGCCACACACUUUCCGAGGAGAUUCAGCUGUUAGAGGCUAUCCCUAUCACCAACCGUUGAGCCAAGCUGCGUCCCAAUAUCGAGCCCCUGGCCCUACUGUGCAGCCUUUUGCAUCUGCGCCAUAUCAGGAUCCCAAUACUUCAACGAUGCAUUUCACCGAAUUUGUACCCAUGAACAAUAGAAGUUUUCACGCGUCCACACAUGAACUAGAUUUUCAGAACCAUGCGAGCCUCGCGAGUGCUCAUUUGGGCGGUGCCGGUAAUUUUCUAGGCUUAGCACAGCAGUCUUCCGAUAUUCCUAGACCUGGAGACGAUAUCAUGCAACUAUUCAGUGGCGAAGACAUAGCUUCAUGGAAUGGGGGAGGUCUUGGCUUUGGCUCAUUGGGAUAA